AUGAACACUCUCAUCCUCUCCUCUCUGCUGUGUUUGGUUUUCAGCGCUCUAGGUGUCCUGGGAUCCGCAGUGACGUUCUCAGCGGGGCUGAGCCAUGUGACGGGGGCAUUGGCCUCAGGGGAAGGGGAGGAGCUACAGAGCUCUCUGGGCGAUGAGGAGGAACUGGAUCUUGAAGAAGAUCUGUCGGGAGGAACACCUACAGACGGCUCACCCCAACCAGUGCUGCGUCACAGUAAGGACCAAAAAGAAAAGGGGAAAGGUCAGAAAGGACAAAGGAAUAAAGGAAAGAAGAAGAAGAAGACAAAAAACUCCACAGCCUUCAACCCUGAACACACAUCAGGACACACGUCGGAGUUCCCGGCCGGACACACACACCAGACGUCAGGGCGUGUCACAGAGGACCCUUGUAGCUCUUCCCACAAGGGCUACUGUAUCCAUGGACUCUGCAAGUACAUGGCAGACCUGAGAGAGCCAGUGUGCAUGUGUAAUAAAGGUUAUGACGGCGAGCGCUGUGGGAUCCUGCUCCUGCCUACGACGAACAAGGAAGACAGCGGCAGAGCUGAGGUGGUUCAGACUGUCCUGGUCGUCAUAGCUGUGGUCCUCUCCAGCGUCAGCUGCCUCGCCAUACUGCUCAUGGCCUGCACACAUUACAGAACUCAUAAGAACUUUCUGGCUACCUAUCUUGGCUCUGGCAGUGAGAAGCAACAGCUACAGAAAACCACACCCUGUGACAUCACGGUGUGACCAUCAGCAGAGAACUGAAAGGUCUGGAACCAUGAGAACCGGGACAACCGGAGGAGAAACCGGUGCCGGCUCCUACCCAGCGGAGUGAUCUACUGAACACACUCUACAACGCCAGACAGUAGAAUUUUCUGUAGGAGAACCAGCAUAGAACCUCCUUGAAGA